AUGUUGGAAAUAAUUGACAACGGGCUGUUUAGCAAAUGCACAACCGAGGUGUAUGAGUUUAAAAUUAAGAACAUCAAGAAGAAGAAAGUCAGCAUUAUUGUGUCAGUGGAUGGUGUCAAGGUGGUUUUGCGGAAGAAGAAAAAGAAAUAUGACUAUAGCUGGGAUGAAAGCCAAGUGACACUGGCCCAGGACCCCAUUUUCAGAAUAUUUUACGUCUCUCAUGACUCACAGGACCUGAAGAUAUUCAGUUACAUAGCAAGAGACAAAAAAAGCAAUGUGUUCCGCUGCAAUGUCUUCAAAUCGAAGAGAAAGAGCCAAGCCAUGAGGAUAGUGCGGACCGUGGGUCAGGCGUUUGAGGUGUGCCAUAAACAGAGUCUAGACAAUGCUGACGCAUGGCUUGUAAAAGGUGAGGAGGAGAGAAGCAAAGACGAGACUUCAGUUGCUGGCGGCACCGCUGAGAGAUCAAGCAACACUGGGCUAGAGAAAGAUGAAAAGGUGUGUGAAGAGCCGGUGCUGGUGAUGGAGUCGUCCAGGCUGGCAUCUCCUCUCUCCAGUCCUCUGUCCGUGAGCCAUCAGGUGCAGCUCCUGCAGAGACAGUUACAGCAGCAGGAGCAGAGGAGUCAAGCCGCCUCCGCACAGGUGGUUCUGCUGCAGCAGCAGCUGUCGGUGGAGACCAGCGCCAGGACGGAGGCUCAAGCUAGAGUCCAGCAGCUCCUGCAGCAGAACACUGAACUCCUGCAGCAUCUCUCACUGCUGGUCAAACACGUCCAAGAGCUGGAGCUCCGCACUCAACCACACAAAAACUCCCCCUUGGGAUCUCAAGACAGCCUUCUAGAAAUUGCUCUGCGUGCCAACAUGCCAGCUGUAUCACGUGACCCCAACACGAAUCCUCCCUCAAGCGCUCAAGAGGGCUUCCCUCUCUCAAACAGCCUGGCUCGGCUCGACGGCUUCUGUUUCUUCUCAGAAUCUUCAGAGCGGGAGAAGAAGCCGGAGCAGGACCGUGACUCAGGACAGGGUCAGGAUGAAGAUCAGUCAGGUGGUUGCUCUCCUCCAGGGAACCAGUUUCUCUGCACACUGGACACACCAGGAUUCAGAGAGUCCGGUAUCGCAUCCGGAUAUGAGUCCAACACUGAUGAGAGUGAUGACCGGGACAGCUGGGGCCACUAACUGUGUCCACCAUGUGUGAGUCUGUUCCUGCUGAAAAAAACAGCUCAGACCAGCAGCAGCAGCUAAGCACUACAGCUUUUGCAUUGCAGCUUCAGCUUUCAGAAUAAAUAU